CUCUCUUGCAUUUAACGUUGUUUACUAUGUAUUGACGUAGGAAAAUAACAUAUUUUUGUAUGAUUGGUGAAAUGUGAGACAGUCUUCUGGACAAAUUGUUAUGCCCAGAGACAUUAAUCCCGGAACAAAUAUUGUAACGACCCGGUAUUGUGUUCUGUGUUUGUUGGUGUGUUAUGGUUCUCAUGGCUACUAGCAGGGGUUAAAUAUGUCAGGACAGAGGGAAAGGUUGGGGGGGUAUGAUGGGUAAUCCCGCGGGAUUUGGAAAUGAUAAAUAGGGAUUACUGUCUCAUCUUCUCUCUUUUUCUGUUCGGGGCCUUGAUCUGUUCCUAUGGGAGUAAACAUUAAUUAGACUUGGUAUAGUUGUGUACAUUCGGCAUUUAGCGGCGUGGGCUGUGGCCUGAACAAUAGCCCAGUUUAGGAAUAAACCUGUGUUCUGACCUGCACACCUAGAGUCCGUCUCUUUUUCCUUCAUGACCCAGCCGGUUAUUACAAUAUGUUUUGCACUUGCAUCAGCACGACUCCAUAAUGGCGUUGCACACGUUUUCAACGUGACCCUUUCGACAUUUUUCGAUAAGCACGGAUAUAAAAUUGAAUUCAGACUGACACCAAUAUAAGACAUUCAAUGGAAUACUACCUGGAUUAUAUGAUCCAUUCUGUCCUUGUUGAGAGUCGACCUUAAUUACAGUUUGUAUAAUUUAUUUUUCGUGAUUACGGAACAACAAACGCUUCCUAUCUUGUCUGCACGUCGAACGGUAUUUCCUCCUCUCCUGAUGGCAAGUUCUGGGACUUUAAUAUAAACGCCGUGAGUGUCAACAUCUUGACUCCAUAUGUAUGUAUCAUCAAACCAUUGAAAUGAUGAGGUUUCUCACCACACCGCUUUUGAACGAGUUGCAGCGGCGUCUCCCGCUGGUAUCUACUGUCGCAAAUAAACACGGAGGGAGUAAACAGCUACCGAUCACCUGCCUUCUCCCACCCCACCAUUCUGCACCCACAAGCCGGCCUCUCUAUACUGGGGCCACACUAAGAAACGAUGUACCCCUCCCUCAGUCUAAAGCAGUUCAGACUGAAGAGAAAUUGGACCUGGACAUAUGGAAGUCUGUGACGAGGUUGCAGGUCCCAGGGGUGGAGGAGGAGGAGAAACUGGGAGGUGAGGAGGGAAGUAGUGAUUGUGCUACUGGAGGUGUAACAGGGCAGGAGGAGAUCUCACCACUGGAGGCCACCAGAGAGCUGGUAGUGAUGUGGCGUCAGGCUGGGAAGCUGGUGCCAGAGACCAUGACUGACGAAGAGCUGGGGAUCCUAGCGGAGCUACAAACCAAAUCCUCCAAGAAGAAGUACCUGAAAUACCUAGCCGUCAAGGAGGGCCACAAGAAAAGCCACAAGCAGAAGCAGGAGAAGAGGAAGGCAGAGAGGAGUGAGGACGACAGGAUCAGGCCUGGUGGUCUGAGAGGAGAAGAGGAGGGGGAACUGAGGAACACCUUUCUGCUCCAAUUCUGGGGUCGUUCCCUGGAUAAGCUGCUGGGGUGGAGGUCGGCCCAGGCCAUGGUGUUCGGACAGUCACUGGUGUUUGAUAUGUCCUACGAACAGCAGAUGACUCGUCGGGAGGUGGAGAACACUGUGUCCCAGCUGAUGGAGGUGGAGGGGUGGAACCGACGAGCCGCGGACCCCUUCCACCUGCACUUCUGUAACUUGCAGCCGGACGGCGGCUACCGCAGGGAGCUGGUUAAACGGUACGGCGCCGAGGCCUGGGAGCCUCUCCUCGUCACCUCCACGGAGCGACGUCACGUGGACCUGUUCCCCCGGGACAACCUGGUCUACCUGACGGCUGACUCCCCUAACGUCCUCCUUACCUUCGACAACUCUAAGGUCUACAUCGUAGGCUCCAUGGUGGACCGCUCCAUCCAAUCAGGGCUCUCCUUGGCCAACGCCAAGCGUCUGAAGCUGAACACGGCACGUCUGCCGCUGGAUGACUUCCUCCAAUGGGAGACGGGGGCCAAGAACCUGACCCUGGAUCAGAUGGUACGCAUUCUGCUGACGCUGAAGGAGAGAGGGAGGUGGGAGGAGGCUCUGGAGCACGUACACAAGAGGAAACAUGAUGGAUUCUACCAGGAGAAACCCAAGCAGGACAGAGACAGAGGAUCAGAUAAGGACAGGAGGUUUUUUAGUGGCAGAACCAGAGGAGACACAGGGUUCAGGGCUGGGGACAGAGACUGUGAUAGAACAUUCAGAAGUGGGGACAGAGAGAGGGCAUUUAGUAGGAGAGACAGUGUAUUGAAGAGUGGGGACAGUGAUGGAUCAAUCAGGACUGGGGACAGAGAAGGAGACAGGGACAGAGAAGGAGACAGAGAUAGUACGGAGGAGAGGAGACAUAAGGACAGUGUAUUCAGUAGCAGAGACAGGGUAACAGUCAGUAAGGAAGCAGGACCGACAGGGGAUUCAGAGAACAGGCAGAACACGCAGACCACCACCAGGCUACGGACCUCACUAAAAAGCAAGAUGGAGGAUCAGAACAGUACAGCCAAGAGCGGGAAGAAAUUACGAGAGGUAGAGUAACCUAAUUGGUCCAAAUAUAGUGAGACAUUUCUCCUCUGAAUGUGCUUCCGUUUCACCAUGUUGUAUUAAUGGAUUCAGAGAUGAACUGAUGAAAAGCACUUCUAAAUGCCUUGAACAUUAAACAUUUUGAUAAGCAACUCAGUGAGACUGUUGAUUGUUAAGGAAUCUUUGGCGUAUUGAUACUUCGUGUCAAUGUGUACAACUGGGAAAAAAAAAAUAUAU